AUGGCGGUCUUUAUUGCUGGCGAUCUUCGUUUCUGUGAAUACGGCGGUGGUAUGGCUGAUUGUGUGAAUGACCGUGGGCAACAGGUUACUCUGCGCGCUGUCGAAAGCAGCGGUGGUGACAUGACGAGCAACGCAGAGGAUGAGGUUGAUCGCAGGUUUCCUUGUAUCAUUGUCUACACACCAGACACCGUGCCUGAAGAGGAUACGAUCUCCUUGGUAAGGAGGAUGAAGGAGCAGUUGGAUCUCCCAGUAUUAGCCAUUGCCGACAGUAGUCCACGGUCGGUGAAGAAUUUCUCUCUUUUCGUAGCAGGAGGAUGCGACAUAAAGUGGUUGGGACUCCGGCCUAGUGAUGUGGUGGCGUUAAAAAUGCAUCCACGGUGUAUGCAGUCCAUGAAUAGCAAGGAUCUUAAGCUAGCGCAACGUCUGUUGGAAAAAGAUGCAAUCGUGAAGGAACGUCCACAAUGGGUUGAGGAGCUGACGCUAAUGGUCGAGACCCGCCGCAAAGUAGAAGUUGACGCAUUGUCCCCUUUAGGGAGGAGCUUCUUGUCCAACGUUUAUUUUCCAAACAAGAUGGGAGAGCAGGAUUGGAUAUGA